AUGGAAAUAUAUAUUGAAACAAGUUAUCUUAAGGAAUUCAUAUUUGUGCCCAUAAUCAAACCCAAUAAUUACUUGAAUUAUUCCAAGCCAAUGGCCACCACCCAUACCAACCCGAGGAAAUUCUUCUCAGUUUAUGGAAUAACGAUCCUGAUUUCUAGUUGUAAUAACUUUUUUUUGACGCUAUUCUUAAAUAUGUUUUGUGUUACUGAAGGGUUAAAUGUGUCAUUGAUUCGAAUAAAGAUAUCCCGAGGAGCAUUAUUGUUUGUAAAUGAAUACUCUUUGAAGGAGAUCAUGAGAAAGUUCGAUCAUAGAUCACAUUGUGUAUUGAACAAUCGUACAUUUACAUUAUUAUCCAAUAGUAGAGAUGUAUUACAAUCAUAA